UGGAGAUGGAAAUCUUUGCACCGCAAUCGAGGGGGAAGUUGGGGCGACUGCCAACCUGAGUCGAUCAAUUCCCUAAGUCGCGCCAGUAGCAGCAGCAGCAGCAGCAGCAACAACAAUGGUUUCUCUUUCACUUUCAUUAACUAGUUAAUAUGUCAGUAGUGUUAUGACUGCGAGUGCGAACUUGAUAUUUUGAAAAAAUUGAUUUUGAUUUCGAAACCAAUAGUGUAAUGACAGUUUGAUGACCAUCUGCAACACAUUCCUUGUACAAUAUGUGGAAUUGAUUAUGGAAUUGCAAAACAAAACACAAAAACAGAUGGAUUUGCUCUACUUUCGUAUUAAACAGCGUAUCGCUAAGUCACUAUCAACAAAACACAUUCCGUACUUUUAAUGAAAGUCGUGAACAGUGGAAACCGAACAACAAAAAUGGGUCUCAUAAUAAAAAUGUUACGUAACAUGAAAAUUCCACGUUGGUCCACACUUUUGCCCGUACUUUUCUAUCUGAUUUUCAUUACCUGUAUAUUGAUGUUAGCAUUCCCCAUCAAAUCCACUACUGAUGCGAUGAGAAAGAAAAGUAAUGGAAACGUCGAGGAUAACGAGAGAAAUUUGAACGCUGGGAUGUUUGCGGUGGAUGACAAUGCGCUACGAGAGCUAACUGGCGCUUUUAAUAAGGCAGAUACCAAUGCAGACAACUAUUUAUCAAUGCAAGAGCUCGCCAAAUACAUCAAUUAUAAAAUACGGGACCAUAUUGAUAAUGCAAUACGCACAAAUCCGACUACGUUUGUGGAAAUCGACCUAAAACCGCGGGAUGGACUAAUCAGUUGGGAUGAGUAUCAAACAUAUGCAUUCCGUGAAAAAGGUAUUAGUGAAACGUACAAAAAAAAGUCACUAUUCGACACACUGGACCGCAAAGUGAAAGAGUCGUUGGUAAGAGAAAAAGCUCUCUGGAUGGAGGCGGCUCGCACGGAUCCGUUAAGUUUGACGCUCGAUGAGUUUCUAUCAUUUCGUCACCCAGAAUCCAGCACGGUAAAUCUGCUGAAUUUGGUGGAUGAUAUCCUUCGUCAGUUCGAUCUGGACGGAGACGACAAGCUCACGGCAGUCGAAUUCUCUGAUGUACUGCCGAUCGGCGUUGACGAUGCUAGCAAUAAAAAGCUAAUACUUUCACGAAGUGAACGUGAGCGGAAGGAGGAAUUCAUAAAAAUAAUUGACAAAAACAAAGACGGAAAGGCUGACCGGGGAGAGUUGCUGUCUUACGUAGACCCGCGUCAUCCGCGGUAUGCAAUCCAAGAAGCGUCGACUCUCUUUAGCUUGGCUGAUAAAAAUGGAGACCGGAAAUUGACACUACAAGAGAUUGUCGCAAAAUCGGCUAUUUUCAUAUCCUCUAAAAUGAUUAAUACGGCCGACAGUUUCCAUGACGAGUUUUGACACAAAGGAACCGUGGCAGCGGAAAAUUGAAUGUGAUAUUACGUGUUAUUAACAAUUCUGACGUGAUAGUGCAAAUGAAAUCUUUCUAAAAUUGCAAAAAAGUGCACAUUUAUUGGUUCUAGAGAAUCAUACAGAAUACCUUAUUAAUCUCUUUUAGUUGUACGUUUAAUUACUUUUCUACGUUAACAAAAGUUUGACUUGCCGACUUGUACAAA